GUGAAAAAGGUUAUGGUAGCCAAAAGAUGGAAAAUGAGCUCCAAACAUGUGUACCAUAUUAAUUAGUCCAUAUUAUCCCAAAUACUACUACUUUGUGGCUCUCCUUCCUUUUUGUUUUCUAGCAAGAAACUCACACACAAUACCAUCACCCAAACAAACCCCAAAUAAACCCAUCUAUAACAAAAGCCUUACCAAUAACAACUCUUCAACACAAAUUUUAUAAACACAAAGAAAAGAAAAAGAGAUACAAAACCAUGAGCAAUGACACCCUAGAUAAGCUAGUAAUCUUCCUAGCCAAAAGAGAUGGUAUAGACAAAUUAGUCAAGACUUACCAAUAUGUCUCCAAGUUAGCCCAUUGGCACCUUGAGAAAACCGAGCCCGACUUGGCCCGACGGUUCCAAUUAUGGGAGGUGGCGUCAGGGAUGAGCCGGAAAGCGUUUCGUAGCGGUCGGUCCUUGACCGGGCUAAACCUCGUGCGUCGGAACCCAGGCUCUACCCGUGGGCUUCAGGCCUUAGCGAUCCUAGGCAAUGCAGGGGAGAUGGUGUAUUUCGGUUUUGAUCAUUUUAGUUGGCUUUCAAGGUUAGGAGUUUUGGAUGAAAAGUUGGCUAAGAAAAUGAGUUUUAUAUCGGCUUUUGGUGAGUCAAUUGGUUAUAUAUUUUUUAUAAUUUUAGACUUAAUAUUUAUGCAUGAAGGGUUAAGGAAACAAAAGGGUUUAUUGAAGGGUUUAAAGGAAGGCGAAAAGAAACAAGAGGAAGUAAAAGAAGAGGUGAAGAAAAUAAAGGAAGAUAGAGUAAUGAGGUUGAUGGCGGUGGCGGCGAACGUGGCGGAUUUGGUGAUUGCGGUGGCGACGAUUGAGCCCAACCCAUUUUGUUGCCAUGCUGUGACGUUGGGUAUUAGUGGUCUUGUUUCUGCGUGGGCUGGUUGGUAUAGAAAUUGGCCUUCAUAAGUACUUUAAAGACCUGUUUGGUAAUGGGUAUAAAAUGGUGAGAAUAGUAAUGAGAAGUUAGUGUAAUGGUCAUAUUUAUCUCUUGACAUGUUUAAUGAUCAUGCUCAUCAUUUGAAAAUGUGAUAUGAGGUGGUAAUGAAAAAUUGUGAACAAAAUAACUUUUUUAUGAUUAGACUUUCAUACCAUAAAAUGACGUGAUACAUAUUAUGAAAAUUUACACUACAAAUUAUUAUUAUUUUCACCAUUUAGUAUUGAUUAUUAAACGAACUAUAAUUAUUAUUUUUUUGGUAAUUAUUGGGAAAUAUAUGUAAUAUGAUUGUUUUAUAUCACAAAUUCUCAAUAUUAAAUGCUUAAGAAAUUACAGAAA